AUGGAUGUCAAAAAUGCUUUUCUCCAUGGUGAUCUUAAAGAAGAUAUUAAUAUGAAACCUCCACCUGGUUGUGUUCUACUUUUGGUGUAUGUAGAUGACAUUAUUAUCACAGGAACUGAUUCUUCACUAAUCACUAGCCUCCAACAACAACUUAAAGAUUCUUUUCAUAUGAAAGAUCUUGGUACUCUUACUUAUUUUUUGGGUUUGGAAGUUCAUAAUGUUGUUUCAAGUGUGUUUCUAAACCAACACAAAUAUACUCAUGAUCUGAUUUCUUUGGAUGGUCUUCAAGAUUCAUCCUCCGUUGAUACUCAAUUGGAAUUGAAUGUGAAGUAUCGUCGUGAGGAAGGCCAUCUUCUUCCUGAUCCAACUAUAUUUCGACAAUUAGUUGGGAGUCUAAAUUACCUUACUAUUACUCGGCCUGAUAUCUCUUUUGCAGUUCAACAAGUUAGUCAAUUUAUGCAAGUUCCCCGUCAUCUCCACUUGGUGGCUGUUCGUCGCAUCAUUCGGUAUCUUCUAGGAACAUCUAUUUGUGAAUUGUUCUUUCCAAGUGGUUCUCUUAUUCGUCUUAAUGAUUUUAGUGAUUCUGAUUGGGCGGGAUGUCCUAAUACUCGUCAUUCAGUCUCUAGUUGGUGCAUGUUUCUUGGACAGUUAUUGAUAUCUUGGAAGAGUAAAAAGCAAGAUCGUGUGUCAAAAUCUUCAACAGAGGCUGAAUAUCGAUCCAUGUCUACUGUUUGCUCUGAGGUUGUAUGGCUUCGUGGAUUACUUGCUGAGAUUGGAUUUCCUCAAUCUCAUCCUACUCCUCUCCACGCUGACAAUACAAGUACUCAGAAUUAG